AAUUUCUAUUGCAGCCACAUUAUUAUUUGUGUGCAUUGUUGUCCACACCUCAAUUCAGUGCAUUUUCUAGUAGGGAUCAUUAUGAGAUCGCAGGUUGGGAUGAUGACAGCUCGAUUGUACUGCUCGUUGAUUGCUGUUUUAUGUUGUCUUUCUGGAUACUUGAGCAUAACAGAUGUUACUGAAGGACAAACUGCUGCAAAGCCAGGAGAGUGUCCCCCUCAAACAUCUGGAAGCUUGUUUAAUGGGUCCUGUAACGGUGACUCUGACUGUCCCAACGAUGAGAAGUGCUGCGGCAAUGGAAGUGGAAAUUACUGUACAGCUCCUUAUACAGUGAAGCCGGGUCAGUGUCCCAAACCGAAGCGCGUUCCAGAAUGUGCUGACCUCUGUUUCCAUGAUGGCCAGUGUCCUGCCACACAGAAGUGUUGCCCAACCACCUGUGGCCAUGCAUGUAGUGAACAAAGUGAUCAGGAAAGUGAUCAGGAAAGCGGUCCGGAAACUGGUCAGGGAAGUGGUCAGGGUAGCGGUUAUGGUCAGGGAAGCGGAUAUGGUCAAGGUCAGGGUAGUGGUUACAGUCAGGGAAGUGGUUAUGGUCAAGGUCAGGGAAGUGGUCAAGGUCAGGGAAGUGGUCAGGGACAGGGUAGUGGACAGGGUAGUGGUCAGGGACAGGGUAGCGGUCAAGGUCAGGGACAGGGAAGCGGUCAGGGAUGUGAUCGGGGACGGGGUCGUGGAUGUGGUUGGAGACGUGGUCCAUGAAAUGGUCAUGGGCAUUUUGCAUAAUACUUGCAGGAGAUCUCUUCAAUUCAGUACUUUAUUCAUAUGGCAUGUUUUCCCUGUUUGCUUAAACUGUUUAGAAGGUUUCUGG